AAGCCAGAACCAGACAGGAACAAACAGGAGACAAUGAGGACUCUGCUCUGGUGAAUGCGGUGAACGCACCAACACCCGAACGUGGGUUCAAACCCGGACCUUUGCUUCUCCGUCCAGGUGGUCAGGCCUGUCUCUCACCUCACAGUCCCCCAUCGCUCCACUCCCCGAUAACCGCCUCCUCCCCUCCCUUCCGCCCGCUCGAGUCACCCACGCCAACCAUUUCAGCUGCCUUUUACAAGGCACAACACGAAAAAGGGGCUGGGUUCGGGUGUCUCCGCGGGGAAAUAGAGAAGCGCCUCCAAACUCGAAAGUCGUGCUGCUACCCUCCACCCUCACUCCAAGAGUCUCCAAUCAAUACCCACCCUCACCGUGACCGGCAGGAAUCAGGACGGGUUUCCUCUUGUCCUCCUCCUUCCUUGCCCACAGCCACGUCACCUCAAAAGAAAUUGGGAGCCGGUUACCUGAGCAAGAACCGCUAUCUGGACAGACCAGCACACAGGCUCCUAGUCACAUGAAGUUACGUCACUGUCUGUCCUUAGGAUGGAGCUCUAACUGAACUGAAGAAAGGAGAAACAGCCCUGAAUCAUUGGAGGUCUGUCUGCCUUUUGGGCCCUGCACAACUACAAGCCUGGUGGAAAAGAGCAAAUUGCUUCUGCUCCCAGCAGGUCCUGCUUAGUUUGCAACCUCAGCAGAACUUUCGAGCCUGAACUGAAGCACCUUACCUUGUCGUGCACGCACCCCACUUGGGCACACCAGCUCCACACCCUGGAUCAGGGAAUCACUCCAGCUGCAUCAUGAGCCGUGUUCGGGAUGCUGGCUGUGUAGCCGCUGGGAUAGUGAUUGGGGCCAGUGCCUGGUACUGCGUCUACAAAUAUGCCAGGGGAAGAAACCAGAUGAAGAAGAGACUGGCCAAGCCCAAGACCAGGGCUGUGGCCGGGACUGGAGCCCGGGCUAGAGCUGGACUAAGGGCUGGAUUCACAAUUGACCUUGGGCCAGGAUUUGGUCCUCCAACCCCAGUCCACACUGGGGCAGAGGUCAGGGUCCAGGAUGAAACCUCUGCUCUGGACAUGGCUGGAGCUGAAGCAGUGGCCCUAGCUGCAUCUAGUGCCAAGGCUCAGAGUGGGGCAGGAAGUCAGGCCCAGGAGGCAGAAGGGGCCGGGGUUGGGCCUAAAGCUGAAUCAGAAGCCACAGUGGCUUCUACAGUGGCACCAGCUCCCUGGGAGGCAGAGGCUCCCGUGGCUGCAGAGACCUCCACAAUGACAGGGGCUCCUAAAUUAGCAGAAGCCCCUGGCACAGCAGAGGCUCCUGGGGCACCAGCUCCUACUGAGGCAGCACCACCUACCGAGGCAGGGGAGGCUUCCAUACCAGCAACGCCUACUGUGGUAGCAGCACUUUCUGGGGCAACAGCAUCUUCUGGGGCAGCAGCACCUUCUGGGGCUGCAGUGCCUUCUGGGGCAGCAGCCCCUAGUGGGGCUGCAGAGGCUCCUGGGACUUCAGGGUCCUCUAAAACAGCAGCAGCCGCCAAGAAAACAACCCCUGGGGCUCAUACUGGGGCUAUACCUAAGGCCGGGUCAGCUACUGGAGCUGUACCCAAAGGUGGAGCUAAGGGUGGAACCAAGUCCCGGACUGGAGGCAAGGGCAAAGGCAAGAAAAAUAAGGUUGAAGUAGACGAAUUGGGGCUGGGCUUCCGCCCUGGAGAUGGGGCUGCGGCAGCUGCCGCAGCCUCCGCUAAUGGAGGACAGGCUUUCCUGGCAGAGGUUCCUGAUUCUGAAGAAGGGGAGUCUGGGUGGACGGACACAGAAUCGGAGUCAGACUCUGAGCCUGAGACCCAGCAGAGAGGGAGAGGGAAGAGACCCGUUCCCAUGCAGAAGCGCCCCUUUCCUUAUGAAAUUGAUGAGAUUCUGGGUGUCCGAGAUCUCAGGAAAGUCCUUGCUUUGCUUCAGAAAUCGGAUGAUCCUUUCAUCCAACAGGUAGCUUUGCUCACUCUGAGCAACAAUGCCAAUUAUUCAUGCAACCAAGACACAAUUCGCAAAUUGGGAGGCCUCCCGAUUAUUGCAAACAUGAUCAACAAAACUGAUCCCCACAUUAAGGAGAAAGCCUUAAUGGCCAUGAACAACCUGAGUGAGAAUUAUGAAAAUCAGGGCCGGCUUCAGGUAUACAUGAAUAAAGUGAUGGAUGACAUCAUGGCCUCUAACCUGAACUCAGCAGUACAGGUAGUUGGACUAAAAUUUUUAACAAACAUGACUAUUACUAAUGACUACCAGCACCUGCUUGUCAAUUCCAUUGCAAACUUUUUCCGUUUGUUAUCUCAGGGAGGUGGAAAAAUCAAGGUUGAGAUUUUGAAAAUACUUUCGAAUUUUGCUGAAAAUCCAGAUAUGUUAAAAAAGCUGCUCAGUACCCAAGUGCCAUCAUCAUUUAGUUCCCUCUACAAUUCUUAUGUGGAAUCAGAAAUUCUCAUUAAUGCCCUGACUCUAUUUGAGAUCAUCUAUGACAAUCUCAGAGCAGAAGUAUUCAACUACAGAGAGUUCAAUAAAGGCUCCCUUUUUUACUUAUGCACUACAUCUGGAGUGUGCGUUAAGAAAAUUCGAGCCUUAGCAGAUCACCAUGACCUCUUGGUGAAAGUGAAAGUUAUAAAACUAGUGGACAAAUUCUGAUUGGCUAUGUGUCUCAGAGACUUGAAGAAAUGUCUGGUUUUGCAGUCUGGAAGCAAUGAAAAUUGAAAGUUACUGCUUUUCCACUUGCUUAUAUAGUAAAGGGAUCCUUUCAGCUGCCAGUUUUGAAUAAUGUAUCAUCCAGAGUGAUGUUAUCUGUGACAGUCUCCAGCUUUAAGCUGAAUAAUUUUAUGAAUACCAAAUAAAUAGUCCUCUUGUACUGAAAACACAUUUGUGACUUUAAUCGUGCUGCUUGAAUGGAAAUAUUUUUACUGGUUCCUCUAUGUGAAUUGAUAGUGAACCUGUCCAUCAUGAAUAGCCUACACUUCUAUCAUCUGUUUUGACUUGAAUUUAUUCACCAAAGACUUCAUUUGUGUAUCAUUAAUAAACUUGUAUGUUUCAACUGACAAAAAAA